AACCGCCAUGAAGAUUUUUGCACUAAAGAUGUUUUGUCUUUGUCCCCAACAUAUUUUGAUUUAUUUUAUUCAUCUCUUAAAAUUAUUUUUUUCUAUUUUGACCAUAUACAUGACUGCAAAAAAUUAAUUUUUGUUCUCACUGAGUUUAAGAUUUUCCUGCGGACGAUUAUAAACGUUCGAAUCUGGCCCGUGAUAUACACACGCCAUUUAAAUUGGCGCGAAACAUUCUGGUCAGCGGACUUGUCUCUGUGUUUUGAUGUGCUUGGUUGCUCUUUCUAAAGUGAAUUAUUGUCUAUUGUUUUGGUUAGAUGCAGACUGCGGAUGACCAUUUCUGAUUUACAAGCUAUCGAUUCUUUCUCUUUAUCUCUUAAAAAAAAACACUUUCAUUUACAACCCGCGCGGGAAGUAGAAACGAACAGUUUGUGAGAAACGGUAGCUAUAAGCUACCUUGCUAAUACAUUUUAUACAAUGGAAGCUACAAUGGAAACAGAAACAAGCUCUACUGCGUCAGUGGAUACGACUAAGAAAGAAAAGGAAGUUGCUGAAGAAGCUUCUGCCACUGAGAGUUCAGAUGAUGAAGAAGAAGAAAAAAAGGCAGCACCCAUUGUUAUUAACAAGACAAUGGGUGUCAACAAAGAAUAUAUGGACAAAAUGGAAAAGGACAGAUCAACAAGAUUUAAUUUUCUUCUUAAACAAACAGAAAUAUUUUCCCACUUUUUAACAACAGCUGGUAAGAAACCACCGAAAAGCCCCUUAAAAAUGAAAAAGCAGCCAGAUUUCCCUAGCCCUCCGAAAAAUGUGAAAGAUCAUCGUCACCGAAGAACAGAGAAGGAAGAAGAUGAAGAGCUUUUAGAAGAUUCCAAGCAUUCACAAACAACGGUUCUGCAGUUCCAAGCAUCCCCAUCAUACAUUAAAAAUGGCACAAUGAGAGAUUAUCAAAUACGUGGUUUAAACUGGAUGAUAUCACUUUAUGAAAAUGGUAUUAAUGGUAUUUUAGCCGAUGAAAUGGGUCUAGGCAAAACACUGCAAACUAUUUCCCUGAUUGGGUACAUGAAACAUCAUAGAAAUCAGCCAGGUCCACACAUCGUUAUUGUGCCGAAGUCAACAUUGGCAAAUUGGAUGGCUGAAUUUCAAAAAUGGUGUCCAACUUUACGAGCACAUUGUCUGAUUGGAAAUCAGGAAGCCAGGGCAGCAUUCAUUCGUGAAACAUUGUUACCAGGGGAGUGGGAUGUCCUAGUUACGUCAUAUGAAAUGUGUAUCCGGGAAAAGGCCGUUCUCAAGAAGUUUGCGUGGAGAUUCCUGUGCAUUGACGAGGCUCAUAGAAUUAAAAAUGAAAAAUCCUUACUAUCAGGAAUUGUCAGGGAAUUCAAAUCUUCAAACAGACUUCUAUUAACUGGUACUCCACUACAGAAUAACCUGCAUGAACUUUGGGCGUUGCUGAACUUCUUACUACCAGAUGUUUUUAAUUCCUCUGAGGAUUUUGAUGCUUGGUUUAACACUGAAAAUCUAACAGAACAAGACCAGCUCGUGCAAAGGUUGCAUGCAGUGUUGCGUCCAUUUUUACUGCGUCGUCUAAAAAGUGAAGUUGAGAAGGCACUGCUUCCAAAAAAAGAAAUACGUAUUUUUGUAGGAUUGAGUGCCAUGCAAAGACAGUGGUACACAAAACUACUGAUGAAAGAUAUCGAUAUAGUAAAUGGUGCUGGAAAAACAGAUCGAAUGAGAUUGUUAAAUAUUCUCAUGCAGUUACGUAAAUGUUGUAAUCAUCCAUACUUGUUCGAUGGUGCUGAACCUGGACCUCCUUACACAACAGACCAACAUCUUGUUGACAACUGUGGUAAACUACUGGUGCUUGAUAAACUUCUCUUCAAACUCAAAGAAACUGGUUCUCGUGUUCUUAUAUUCAGUCAAAUGACGCGUCUGUUAGAUAUCCUUGAAGAUUAUUCAAUGUGGAGAGGCUUCCAAUACUGUCGUCUUGAUGGCCAAACACCUCACGAAGAAAGAACUGCGCAAAUAAACGAUUUCAAUUCUCCUGGUAGUGAUAAAUUCAUGUUUCUUUUAAGUACAAGGGCGGGUGGUUUGGGUAUUAAUUUAGCCACCGCCGAUGUUGUGGUCAUGUAUGACAAUGACUGGAAUCCACAAGUUGAUUUGCAAGCACAGGAUCGCGCUCACAGAAUUGGUCAGAAGAAACAAGUUCGAAUCUUCAAGUUUAUCACAGAAAAUACUGUCGAAGAGAGAAUUAUUGAGCGUGCCGAAAUGAAGUUGAGGUUAGACAGAGUUGUCAUCCAGCAGGGACGUUUGGUUGAUUCUACUAAUAAAAUCAAUAAAGAUGAAAUGUUGAAUAUGAUUCGGCAUGGAGCUGAUAAAGUUUUUGCUGGAAAAGAUUCUACCAUUACUAACGAAGAUAUCGAUGCUAUAUUAGAACGUGGACAGAAGAAGACUGAAGAAUUAAAGGAAAAAAUGGAUUCAUUGGGAGAAAGUCAACUGCGUAACUUUACGAUGGAUGUACCGGAGAGUAUCUAUCAGUUCGAGGGUCAGGACUUUCGUGAUACCCAUGAUAAAGUUGGCGCUGUUUCGCACUGGAUAGAACCGCCGAAACGUGAAAGGAAAGCUAACUAUGCUGUUGAUACCUACUUCAAAGAAUUAAUGCGCGUGAAUGAACCGCGAGCUCCCAAAGCUCCGCGUCCUCCCAGGCAACCCAAUGUUCAAGACUUUCAAUUCUUCCCACCGAGACUGUUUGAACUUUUGGACAUAGAAAUAUACAGUUACCGAAAAACUAUCGCGUACAAGGUUCCACGUGACUAUGAUCUUGAUGAAAGCGAAUCGAAAAAAAUGCAAAAGCAAGAACAAGCUAGAAUUGAUAACGCCUUGCCUCUUACUGAAGAAGAGGCCAAGGAAAAAGAUGAACUCUUAGGACAGGGUUUCACUAGUUGGAACAAACGAGAUUUUAAUCAGUUUAUUAAAGCUUGUGAGAAGUAUGGUCGUGAUGAAAUCGAUCUAAUAUGCAAAGAAGUGGAAGGGAAAACCCCUCAAGAGGUACGAGAAUACGCUUCCGUCUUUUGGGAACGAUGUAACGAAUUAACAGAUAUAGACAAAAUCAUGGCGCAAAUAGAACGAGGCGAGGCGAAAAUCCAACGACGCAUAAGCAUCAAAGAAGCAAUGGAAGCGAAGAUGGCGCGCUACAAAUCACCCUUCCAUCAAUUGAGGAUUCAGUAUGGUACAAAUAAAGGAAAGAAUUACACAGAAGAAGAGGAUCGUUUCCUGGUGUGUAUGUUGUAUAAGCUUGGAUUUGAGCGAGAAAAUGUUUACGAAGAGUUACGCCAGGCUGUACGAAGUGCUCCGUUAUUCCGAUUUGACUGGUUCAUCAAGUCAAGAACGGCAGUUGAGCUUCAAAGGCGUUGUAAUACACUCAUCACUUUAAUUGAGCGUGAAAACCAAGAAAUAGAAGAGAAAGAACGACGCGAUAAGAAAAAAGGUCCAAAACCAGGUUUACCUAGGGGUCCAAGUCAGAAACGAAAAAAUGAAGCCACUCCGGGCAGUAAACCACCCAAAAAAGUGAAGAAGUAAACGGACCAGUUGCGAUUGUUUAUUGGAACUUCUUUGAUUUUUCAUUCUUGCAUAUACUAACUAUUUAUUCAGAGAUGUUUUGUAAUGGUUUUGUUGAAUAUCAAUGUGCGAAAAUAUACAACGAUAGUCUCAAGACACUUAUGUUGAGAUAAAUGAUUUUAUAUUUGACAUAAA